AUGCCUAAAAGAAAACAAAAUAUUGGAAAAAAUUCUUUACUAAAUAAAAGACAGAAGAAACUCAAGAAAACACAUCAAGUUGAAGAUGACAUAAUAGAAGAAACAAAAAAAUCAUCAUCAAAUCAGAAACAAAUGAGUCAACGUACAGAAAGAAGAAAGUCCAAAAUGAAAAAAAAUUUAGAAAUGAAAGCAUUUAAUUAUGAUUGUAGUGACGUAUUUAAUAACGAUCAUCGUAUUUCUAUUGGUCUUAUGGAUAUUGAAUGUAAGUUUUGCAAAGCGUUAAAAUUUCAAGAUGAAUUUGAUAACAUGUGUUGUGGAAAGGGGAAGGUAAAUUUGCCUGAUUUGACUAUUCCCGAAGAGCCAUUAUCAACGUAUCUAUCUGGAACAACAAUUGAAUCAAAACAUUUUCUAAGUAAUAUUAGAAAAUAUAAUUCGUGCUUCAACAUGACUUCAUUUGGUGCGAACAGAAAGAAAGAGUCGGGUUUUCAAACUACAUUCAAAAUUCAAGGGCAAAUUUAUCACAGAAUAGGAUCUCUUCUUCCAUAUGAUUGUGAAUCAUCAUUUUUACAAAUAUAUUUUAUUGGUGAUGAUGAUAUACAAUCACAACGUAGAUGUUCGAUCGUUCCCAAUGUGCAACACGAAAUAGUUCAAUCUUUACAAAAUUUUCUAAAUGAACACAACGCAUUAAUAAAACUUUUCAAAACAUCAUUAGACAAUAUGCCGAGUGACGAAUGCCAAAUUGUACUUCGUGCCGACAAAAUACCUUCAAGUGAACACGAAAGACGUUUUAAUUUACCAGUUGUAAAUGAAGUAGCUGCUAUAAUUAAUGGGAAUGAAUUUUCAAAACGCGAUAUUGUGUUACAAAAACGUAGUAAUGAGUAUGUAACAGUCCAAGAAACCCACAAAUCGUAUGAUGCUUUACAAUAUCCAUUGAUGUUUUGGAUGGGGGAAGAUGGAUAUCAUUUUGAAAUAUACGAAAUAAAUCCAGUUACAGGUUUGUCAACAAAGAAACGUGUGUCAUCAAUGAAAUUUUAUGCAUACCGAAUGAUGAUACGUACAAAUCCAGAAAAUCAUUUAUUACAUUAUAAGCAAUUGCUAAAUCAAUUUAUAGUUUAUAUGUAUGCAAAAAUUGAAAAUGAACGUUUACGCUAUAUACGAUGCAAUCAAAAAGCUCUUAAAGUUGAACAGUAUAUUAAUUUAAAAGAUGCAUUUGAAAAUGAUGAAAAUGUUUCAGAUAUUGGUCAAAAAUGUAUAUUACCAGCAAGUUUUAUAGGUAGUCCACGACAUAUGCAUGAAUAUAUACAAGAUGCUCUUUGUUACGUUAGACAUAAUGGAAAGCCAUGUUUAUUCAUUACAUUUACAUGUAAUAUUCGAUGGACAGAAAUCACCAAUUUAUUGUUGGCUGAUCAGCAACCAAGUGAUCGCCAUGACUUAAUAGCAAGAGUAUUCAAAUUAAAAUUAAGAAAGCUAAUCGAUUUGAUAACUAAGUGUAAGAUUUUUGGUAAUGUUAUAUCUUGGGUUUAUUCAAUAGAAUGGCAAAAAAGAGGUUUACCACAUGAUCAUAUUUUAAUAUGGUUAGAAAACAAAGUUCAUCCAGAUCGAAUUGAUAAUAUCAUUUCAGUUGAAUUAAAAGAUCCAGAAAAAGAUCCUCAUUUAUUUGACAUAAUAAAAAAAAAUAUGAUACAUGGACCAUGUGGACAGUUGAAUCCAUUUUCAGUAUGUAUGAAGGAUGGCCAAUGUAAAUGUAAUUAUCCUAGAAAAUUACUUGAUGUCACGAGAUCAGAUAAAAAUGGAUAUCCUUUGUACAGACGAAGAAGUAUAACAAAUGGAGGUUUCCAGACUGCUAUUAACGACUAUUUACUACCAAAAUAA